AUGGACGGAAGUCCAACAACCCGAAAAGGCCCUUCUCAGGGCCACACGCAUCACGCCGGCAGGGACCCAGCCGGUCCGCCGACGCAUCCUUCGACAUACAACAACUCUGUCAUCACGAGAGUACCCGGACCAAUCAGCGCCACUCCGGGAGCCUGCACACGAGGGCAGGCCGAACAACGCGCAAGUGUGUCUGGCGCAACAAACACCGCGCGCAACACCGCCAUACCGCGUGCCAUCGCCACUUCGGUAGCGCUGCGCAGCACGCCGACGCCCAACAGGUCGGGAGCAAGCAACCUUGCCGGAUCCAAAGGGCGCUCCGCUUCAUUGGAAGUCCUGCAGAGAACCGGAUCAGCGACAGAUCUUCGGAAACUGUCCCCUGAAGCCAGGCUCCAGACCAAUAUGAAGAUCGCAGACCGCCUUGAGAAAAGCGGUCUCAUGUCUGAAGACUGCAUCAGGGUGCUCAAGCAACACCUGAGCAACCAGCGAGAGGCCAUUCAGCAUGACACCAGCCCCCAGGAGGCGACGCAAGCUCCCACCAACCCAAGGAGGAGGCAACUAUCAGCGGCAAGCGACGAUAGCUCCUCAGCAGAAGAAGCGAAACGUCACUGCCCCGACGCAGCCCCCACAGAAUCACCGCAGCAACAGAUGCAGGUCGACACGCCGCCAUUAUCAUUUGCUGACGCUCUUCGUGCUCCUCCAACCCGAGCACCCACACCUCAAGCGCAGGCAAUUGCGUCGAGCGCGCCGGAUACCCAAAGCUCCGGUUCGGGAAACAGCCAACCGGCGAGGAAGACCUCAAACUUCCCGCCUCUGGUGGUGGAGUUCUUCCCAAAUUGGACCCAGCACAUCAGGCGCCUCCGCGAUAAGCUCGGACACACGCCAAACGCUCGCCCUUACGGGAAGGGAGUACGAUUCACUCCGAAAACCGAGGCUGAGUAUAGAGCGACUCAGCGCUUCCUCAGCGAGCUGGAGUCAUCGGAGAAAAUCUCCUGGUUCUCCUACUCGCUACCAGCUGACAGGAGCGUGAAGGUCGCUAUACGAGGUCUGCCGGUGUCCACAGCAGCCGAGGAGAUCGAAGAGGAGCUCCGUAGCCUAGGAUACUCUCCGGAGUAUGUGCGUCCGAUAAACGCCAGGAAAGGAAGACCAGGCUGCAUUUUCCUGGCUAUCCUCAAAAGGACGCCCAACGUGACGCCGGGAAUAUACGGCAUCACAGAACUCCUAUGCAUGCCCGGAGUGAAGAUCGAGGCCUGGCGAGGGAAGAAGGGCCCAGCACAGUGCCACAGGUGUCAGCAGUUCCGGCACUCGAGCCACGGCUGCCACAGGAAGCUAGCCUGCGUCAGGUGCGGGGAGGAACACACGGCCAAGGACUGCCCUAGGCCGGUCGAGGAGCCUCCCACGUGCGCCAACUGCGGCGGCGCGCACCCGGCCAACAAAACCUCUUGCCCCAUCUUCAAGAGAGAAGCCAGGAACAAGAAAGCUGGCACUGUGGCCUGCACUACUGCCAGCAAAAAGGAAUCCAUGGCUACCUCGAGGACGGCCGAAGUUGUGGACCGCACCACAGUCUCAGCCGAGGCAACAGCGACAACGCUGAUGGCCCCGGCUAACAACCCUAUCAACAGGCAGUCGAAGGCGCCUGCAUCGAAUAAAAAGAAGAGGAAGAAGAACCGAGGAAAAGGGAGGAAGGCGGAAGCGCCUCCUACUCCUCAAGCGAACACCGCCGAGGUCGCAACCCCAACUCUGCCUGCAACCACCCCUGGAGGGAAGCAGGCGAAGAAGGAGAAGCGACCGAACAAGGAGUCACCAGCUGCAUCAUCGUCAGUUUUGGAAAUCUCAAUCAAGAUCCUCACAAACGUCCUGGUCGCAUUGCAAGCGGACAACGACCCCACUGACGCUAUCGUCAGGGGCAUCACCGAGCUGCUGCGACUCAAACAAUGA